UAGUAGAUGUCGCAGGUCAUGAAAAUUAAAGUGUCCUCUCCCCGUAACAUUUCCAGUCUUUCCUUAUACAAUUUGAACUAUUAUAAACCCAAUUAAUAGACAGUAUAGAUAAGUGAAUAAAUAACUGGUUGAUUAUGAAAAUUAGUUUGUUCUAUUCCUUGCUUGCAUUGUCUGCCAUUGUGUUGGCUAAUCAAGUUAAGUUUGAUGAUGGUCUUAACUCCCAAGUAUGUUCAGGAAUGUAUGCCAAAUCAGAUUGGGGUGGAUCCAUAAAACCUCAUAUUGAUUUAACGUUAAAUCAAUUUGCUGAUGAUAAAUAUAAUGCCAAAGCCAACAAUGCCGAGGAUCAUGAUGCAGAUAUCUCUGUCAGUUAUAUAAUCUUUGAAUAUAAGGAUAUUGGUAAUAUUGGAAUUGAUAUUGGUGAUGGUAUUCAUAAGUAUAUUUGUGAUGAUUAUGCUAUAGAAACCCUUGGAAUUUGUGAGGCUAGUCAUAAAGGUAAGUUCUUAUUGAAUUCUAAUGUGACAAAUACUACUAUCAUGACUUCUCAAUUGAUUCAUUUAGGUCCUGCUACCAUCAAUUAUGCCAUUAAUACUACUGGGUAUUAUUGUGUAUCCACAUUUGCUCAAGAUGAUCAAACUUAUAAAGGGGUUAUUAAUUUCCAAAAUUCUUAUGGUCAAUUAAGUGCUAGUGAAAUUCCAAAAUUACCUGCUUAUGGUAUAUUAACCAUAUGUUAUGCUAUCACUUUAGCAUUAUUUGGUUUCCAAUUUUUUAAAAAGAGAAAGCAAAAUCAAAUUUUACCAUUACAAAGAUAUUUAUUAGCCAUGUUAGGAUUCUUAACUUUUGAUACGAUUGUGGUAUGGUCUUAUUAUGAUUUAGUUAAUAGAACUGUGAAUCCAUCCAAUGCAUUUGUUAUAUUUUAUAUGAUAUUCUUAUCAUUAUUAAAUGCCGCUAAAAUCACAUUUUCAUUCUUCCUUUUAUUAUGUAUUGCGUUAGGAUAUGGUGUUGUGGUAUUGAAAUUAGAUAAGAAGGUGAUGUUAAAAUGUAAAAUCCUUGCUGGGGUUCACUUUGUUUCUACAACAGCUUAUUUAAUUGCUACUUAUUAUAAUGGUGGAGCUUCAACUUCUUUAACUGUAAGUAACAAUAUUGAUGAUAAUGUGGGUGCAGGAUUCCUCGGAUUAUUACCAUUGAUUCCAGUGACGGUUACAUUAGGGAUUUAUUAUGUUACUAUCUUAGUUUCGAUUAGAACUACUACUGCCAAUUUACAUAAACAACGUCAAGUUAUAAAAUUACAAUUAUAUGAAAACUUGUUUAGAAUUAUAUUUUUCUCCGUUAUUUUAACGUUUUUAGGAUUGAUUGGUUCAUCAUUCAUUUAUUUAAGUAUGUCAACUACAGAAAUGAUAGAACAGCAUUGGAAGGGAGCUCUCUUUAUAUUUGAAUUUUGGCCAAGUGUGGUAUUUUUCUUUGUAUUUAUGGGAGUUGCUUGGUUAUGGCGUCCAACUGAAACCAGUUAUAUGUUGGCUAUUUCUCAACAAUUAUCAGGAGGAGAUGAUAUUGAAGGACAAAAUCCAAAUGGUCAUGAAUUUGAAUUAGAUGAUUUAUCAUUAAUGAGCCAUAGUGAUGAUGAACAACAACCAAGAGGUGAUAGUUUUGAAUUAUCAGAAGAUGUACCUCAAAACCCAUUUGCUUCUAAGAAAGAUCCUCCUCCUGGUUAUGAUGAAGUAGGUGGAGAAGAAAGCAAUUCACAAGGAGAGAAUGGAAAUACCCUAUUUGAAUUAGGAGAAGACGAUGAGAUAGAAGAAGAUCCUGAAGAUAACAGUGAUAAUACUCAUGAAGACGAUAGAUUAAAAAACUAAAUAAACUAAAAUAAAAUAUCUGACAAUAGCACUACAUCCAUCAUAAAUGAUAUGUACUAAUAAAAUACCAUAGUUAGUUAAUACAUAACUCUUCAAUAUAUCUAAAAUUUCUAUAUGUAUAUAUAUCUGACAUCACCAUAUACGAUUUUAGUGCUAGAAAAUACGCGUUAUUACGAGAAGAGACAGCCCAAAAAACAAAAGAUAAAUAUUGAACCAAACAACGAUA